AUGACUCCCCGUCGUCCUUCAUCUUCCAACAGCCAGGCGGACGCUCGUUCUGUUAGCUCUGGUCAGAUGUCUUUGGACUCAUAUCUGGAGACGGGCACGGGACCCAAGCCGCCUCGACCAGAGACGCUGCGCUCUGGUCUAUCGCUCUCUCAGCAUGCCCGAACCGUUAAGGGGAUGGCAGCCCGUGGCACUCAGGCCAUCCCUAGCCCGGCCUCACGAAAGUCAACAGACAGAAAGAGACGCGAAGACAGAAAGAAGAAGACCAAGGUCUCCGUCACUCUUCGAUGCGAUCCUGAUUGGCUCCAGUUGCAGACCGCGUCCGGCCUGCGGGCCAAGUACAUGAAUAGACAAGAAGACGUCUUUAAACUCAUCGUUGCUAUCUAUAUGGAUGACCGCAGAGCCGGUAUCGCUACACUUGUCGUCAACUCUCACUCUGAUGCACAGGAGAUCAGGACCCACUCUGAACUGAUCCGCGAAGUCUUUGAUCAUCAGGUUGAGAUCAUUCCUGAGAGGUUUCACAUCUUGUCUACCGAUAUAAUCAAGAGAAAGCUUGCAGAUCGCCUUGCUGGGCCCGGGGCCAAUCUCAACUAUGACUCACUUUUCGAAGACCUCCCUGGCCGUCUCCAGGAUUGGUGUGCCGAAACGGGCCUGCCUCUUUUGAAAGUUUGUUGGAGGGACGGGCAUCUCUCCUUCAUCCUCGAGAACCUUGACAUGGCUCUUCACGCCAUCGAAAAGACCUUUUCUGUUUGUGGAAUUCACACAGACUUUAUCUCAGUCGAACCCAAGUCAACAGUCAAGCAGUGCUACAACUGCCAGAGACUCAAGCACAUGUCCUUCAACUGUGACUAUGCUACUCGCUGUGGCCACUGUUUGGGCCCUCACAAGCUCAGAGAAUGCCCCAAAGGUGUGCGAAAGCAAUGUGGCGUUUGCAACGAAGUCGGGCAUGCCAGUUACGAGCGGAGCACCUGCGAUGAUGAAGCAAUGCGCAGUGCCCGUCACACCGCCAGUCUUUGGCGAGGUAAAGCUGAGUGGGAGACACGUAACAAUGUCAAGUUACUUGGCUUGGAUUUGACCGGCGCAUAUCACAGAGUGACCAGAGAGGAUAUCAUUUCUCUGGUAGAGAAGCGCAACGUUCCAUUCCUGAGUUACAUGCUUGAACUUUUGAAAGCUUCGGCUCCCCAAUCUCGACCAGCGCAAGAGUCCAACUUUAGCCCUGAGGAGGACACUUAUGGAGUGGCUCAAGCCACCGCUGCCACUGCCACCACUCCCACUACCGCCACUACUACUACCGCUACCGCUACCGCUGCUACUCCUACUACCGCUACUGCCACUACUACUGCUACUACCGCUACCGCUACCGCUACCGCUACUGGUACUGCUGGUACUGCUGGUACUGCUAGUACUGCUGCUAUUACUGCUACUACUACUACUGCUACUACUGCUCCUACCGCUGCUGCUAGUAGUCCUUACAGUUCUGCCAAAAUACCCUUAAAAAUUGCCGAUACUCUCUCCACUGUCCCAUCUUUACACACCGCGUCUCAGAACAGCUCUAUCACUUACCCACUGAGUGAUGUAACUGGAAUUCCUGUCUUUGUGACAGGCUCCAAUAGGCUUUACAUUGGUGAUAGCCGGGUCAACAAGCGGAAGACUGGGGAUCAUGGCGACCUCUCGCCUUGUGAGCAGGUUAAAAAGGUACGUUUGGAUUUGCAGGGAAGCUGUGCUGAGCCUAUGGCUUCCGAGCCUGAGGCCGCUGCCAGUCUUGACCGCGAGGCUGAGAGGAAGAUUCUCCGACCGAAGGCUGUUUCCAAGCCGGUCGUGAAGUCUACGGUUUCCCGUGCUCCCAACUGCUCGCAAGAGCGUCAGGCAGAUGGGGAGAUUCAUGAGAGCAUCACCGACAAGGGGGAGGAGGAGCAGAAGGAGAACAACAAGAAGAAGAAGGGUGGCUAUCAGAUGACGUUGCUUGCUUAUCGUGAAAUGUACAAAGCAUCAUCUUCCCUUGUCUAA